AUGAGGUGGCUGGUGGAUGCGGCGCGGUUUGUGAUCCGAUGGCUGUCGGCCUGUCGGCGGCUGCCGCACAUCGACGCCAAGCUACAGGAGCUGUGCGAUCAGGUCCGGAGCCUCAAAGCGGCCGACGAGCCUCUCGGCAAGCCGCGACUGGAGCCAAGCGAGCGAAGACUGGAGCGCUCGGUCUCCGAUGACCACCUGAACUUCUUGAAGGAGCGGCACCGCACGCCCAUGGAGCGGGCGGCGGCGCUGCUUCCCGGGGAGGACAGCCCGCGGCAGAAGAUGUCGCAGCUGGAGAGCUUCCUUCUGCAGGGCACCGAGAUACUGGAGGAGGAGUGGAAGACCUUCCAGACAGGAGGCUCCUCCUCCUUAGCCUCCUUCGGCCCGCGCAUGGAGAACGCGGUCUGGCGGCUCUGGCAAAAGGCCCGCCACGCGACCGAGACGACGAGCUCGGAGCGGCCCAAGUUCCGGCGCAGGAAGUACGUCUUCAUGGGCGGCAUGGUGGGUGCGGUGGUCACCGCUGCGGCGCUUUUUGCCACCAGGGAGGAGAACACGCAGACGGAGGCGCUCACAGUGCGCUUGGCAGCCUUUCUGAACGCCACCUUCAACACCCAGGAGGACGAGGGGGACCUGGAUAUCCCUGGGCUCGCCUUGGCCAAGUCUUUGCGCCUGAAGCACCCGCUGCUGAUGAUUCCGGGCAUCGUCAGCAGCGGCCUGGAGGUGUGGCAGGCAGACAGCUGCCUGGGGGCCCCCAACUCCCACUUCCGGAAGCGUCUCUGGGGACAGACCUCCAUGCUCCGCAUUGCGCUGCAGAACAUCACCUGCUGGCUGCACCACUUGAAGUUGGCGCCGGGGCAGCAGGACCCCCCCAGGGUGAAGCUCCGGGCGGCCACCGGUUUCGAUGGCGCCGACUACUUGCUGGCGAACUAUUGGGUCUGGGCCAAGCUCUUGGAGAACCUGGCCAUGAUAGGGUACGACGUGAACUCCAUGCGGCUCAUGCCCUAUGACUGGCGCCUCAGCUAUUCCCGGCUGCAGGAAAGGGACUACUACUUCAGCCGGCUCCGGAAGGAAGUGGAGGAGCUUCAUGAGGAGAUGGGGGAGAAGGUGGUGGUUAUCGCGCACUCCAUGGGCGUGAACGUGUGGUUCGCCUUUAUGGACUGGAUCGCGAAGGCGGAUUCCUCCUGGGUGGACCGACACGUGCACACUUUGGCCAAUCUGGGUGGGCCCUUACUAGGCGCUAUGGGACCGCUGACCAGCCUCCUCUCCGGGGAGUUCCACAUGGGCGCCAUGGCAGUGCUCCUUGCGCCGCUGCUGCGGAACCUCCUGGGCGAGGAUGGGCGCCUGGAGAUGCGGGAUGUGGCGCGCACCUGGGGCUCCUUGUACGAGAUUCUGCCGAAGGGCGGUGACUUGGUCUGGGGCUCCCGACAAGAACCCACAGACUGCCGCUGCGACCUCAUAACUCGCAAGGGGAAGCAGUCCUUGCCGGUGACUGCGUCCAUGGAGCUGCUCAUGAACCAAACGGAAGGGGUGGGAGAGUGCGCGGUUGGAUUUGGCGCCAAAGAGGCGCAGUGCUUUCCGCAGCGGAUCUCCUGGGACCCCUUCAGCUCUGCACUGCCGAAAGCUCCUAACCUCAAGGUCUUCUGCAUGUACGGCGUGGGGGUGCGCACGGAGCGGGCGUACAGCUACACAAACCCUGCUCCGGGGGAGACCUUCGGGCGGAUCGACUACACCUCCCACUCCGUGAGCGACGACGCAUCCUACGCCCUGGGGGCCAUCGAAAGCGCCAGAAUGGACUACGGGCUCUCCACCGUGGACGGGGACGGCACGGUGCCUUUGCUGUCCUUGGGCUACAUGUGCAAAGGCGCCUGGCGGGACUUCCCGGAGCUGAACCCGGCCAACAUCAAGCCGGUGGUUCGGGAGUACAUCGACAUGUCCAGCUCCUUGUUCUCCGAUGCGCGGGGCGGCCCAAAGUCAGCCAAGCACGUGGAGAUGCUGGGAAACCAUGACAUCAUCAAGGAUGUGAUGCAUCUCGCCGCCGGGCGGGAAGACGUGCUGAGCAACGACCGCGACUACUCGCGGAUCGGAGCCUACCCGCGAAGUACCGGCGGCUGGGCCUUUGAGAUCGGGGAGCCAGCGGUCGGAAGGAUCUUGGAGCGAGUAACGCCACAAGGCUUUACUUGGGAGCUGACGAGCGUUUGCGCCAAAGAUUCACAGGAGAUCACAGAUGACGACCGGGCGGCGUUGCUUUCUGCGUGUGAGACAAGCUCCUCUACGUGCAUCAUCAUCACCCACGGCACGGAUACGUUGAUCGAGACCGCCAAGUAUUUGGGCUCUCAACACCGAGCUCACCCAGGACUGGGCGCCAAGCGGAUUUGCCUCACCGGCGCGAUGAGACCUGAGCGCUUCGUGGACACCGAUGCCCACUUCAAUCUAGGAGUGUGCUUUGGCGUGCUGAACGUUUGCGCUCCCGGCGUGUACGUCUGCAUGAACGGGCGCGCUUUUCCCUGGGACGCCGUGGCGCGCGACAUGGAGUCCGGCGCCUUUCUGCCCGGCUGA